AUGGGCAAACUAAUGGAGAGACUAGUUAACGAAAGACUUAUAUGGUGGGCGGAAAAAAAGAAAAAAUUACAUCCCAUGCAAAAUGGUUUUCGAAGAGGCAGAUCGUGUAUUGAAAACCUGGUGAAGAUUACCUCGGACAUCAAGACAGCUUUACUCAGUGAGGAAUAUGUAUUAGCGGCAUUCCUUGAUGUGGCAUCAGCGUACGACAACGUAGUUUUUCAUAUUUUAAAGGCCAAGCUGAGAAAGAUGGACUGUCCUGACAGGAUCUUCAAGUUUAUCAACACCUGGUUGGAUGAAAGGGAAGUCAAGUACAUCAUAAAUAAUAGAGAAACUCUGAAAAGAAUAUCGAGGUGUGGUCUACCUCAAGGAGCAGUCUUAAGCUCCAUUCUGUAUGCUUUGAAUACUAACGAUAUCACCGUGGAUGUGGAUGAAGAUGUAAUGGAAUUAGAAUUCGCCGAUGAUAUCGUGGUGUAUAGGAUGGGUCUCGAUAGGAAGCUAAACAGGAUGAAGAUCGAAGAAGCUGUUAACAUUACAGCAAGCAAUCUUGAGUUAAUUGGAUUAGACUUGGAGCCCAGAAAAACAACCCUGGUGGAAUUCUCGAAAAGUGGCUUUGUAGACGAUACUUCCAUUAUAGUAAAAAGCACGGUAAUCCCAAAUAUAGAAGAAUCCAGAUUCCUCGGAGUUCGUAUGGAUAAUCAGCUGAAAUUUGUAAGCCACAUUCAAGACUGUCACCAGGGGAGCGGAUUGCACCACAGCACUUAUAUGCUAUAUAAAAGUUUAGUAAGGUCGGUCUCAGACUACGGAUGUUUCGUGUAUGCCCCUACUAGUAGCUCCUUAUUAAGAUUAAAACUUGAAAGAGGUCAGUUCUUGGGAUUAAGAACCGCGAUGGGCUUUAGGAAUAGCACACCAACAAACGUGUUAGUAGCAGAGGCCAAAGUGGAUUUAUUAAGUGAAAGAGCCAUGAUGUUAGCCAAGAAUUUCUGGUUUAAGAUUAUAAAAAAUGGCAAUCCAGAUAUUAAAAGGAGUAUAAGUAACCUGAGCAACAAAGAAAUGAUAGUCAAUUUAUUAGCGAAAGACAUAGGUCAACCAACGAGUAAUUUCGAAAUAUGGGAUAUGAAGUACGAAGAUCUCACGGAAGAUAUAACAAUAGAGCUGGAAAUAGGACGGUCUCACAGUGCUAAAAGGAAGGAAAAGGAGAGAAGAAACCUGGAAGAUAUGAGGUAUAGGAAAGAAGAUCUGGAUUUUAUUGAAGAAUUCUGCGAUGUACACAAGUUGGACAACCCUCUGGUCAUCUAUACGGAUGGCUCAAAAUCAGAAGAUUUGGUUUUGAUAGGAGCCAGCGUGGUUUUUGAAGAGAAUAAUCAGGCUUUUUAUCCCAUAGAGGAUAUACAGGAAACGAGAUUGCUGAUAGAUUAG